AUGGGCCUGGAGGUUGACGGAAGGGGUAUUGAGGCUGUGGAAUCACAACCAACCCCUGAAGCUGAGGCGAGUCCUACAGUCUGGAAGAAAUAUCGGACUUCGUUAUUGAUAGUGACACUCAUAUGUGCUAUUGGAGGAGUGGUGGGCGGUGCUGUGGGUGGGACUGUUAGAAAGAUUCAUCACGAGUCAACAGCCAACUCGCCGGACGGCAAUACUUCCUCUCCUACCACCUCUAGUGGCAUUCUCGAUCAGGCUGUGUAUAGGAAAAGCCUCAGGGAAGGGGGGUGGACGCCUUCAAUUUCAGAAUAUGAGUAUAUUGAUGAACUCUCUACUACCGCCAACAUUGCAGCAGUCUCGCGUACUGAGGGCAGAAUCGAUUUAUUCGUUCGAGCUGUUGACUAUACCAUCUACCACAUUCAAUUCAUGGAAUCCGAUUGGCAGUGGCGGCAAACUAACGGCAGCACCCCUGGAGCCAUUGAGGCGAUUUCAUGGGCAGGUGACAGAGUAGAUGCUUUUUUGGUCGGAUUCGAUGGUAUCGUGUACAAUCAAAUCUGGCGGAACUCAUCUACAGAGGCAUCGACAAUGGAAGGGUGGUCUACGCAGGAGUGGCUCGGUGCAAAUGAUGGCAUGACCCACGACUGCAAGGAAGACUCGCUCAAAAUUGCAUCCUGGGGUCGAAACCGGUAUGACUUUGUUGGAGUUCGAAAGGUUGACAAUGCUCUCUACCACCGCGUUUCCACAGGAGCCAUGCAAUGGGGAACGUGA